AUUUGAUGGUGAAGGACGAGGUGGGAUGGGAAGAGGAAGAGGACGUGGUAUGGGUCGUGGGCGUGGCAGAGGACGUGGUGGCAUCCAAGGUGGCCCUGACAGCCGAGGCAAGCGAGAAUUUGAUCGCCAGAGUGGAAUGGCCACGACUGGAGUGAAAUCUGUUGAUAAACGAGAAGGCUCCGGAUCUUAUAAUUGGGGAUCUGACAAGGACCAGAUUGAAGAGCAGUUAAAUGCAACACCCAAUGCUUCUGAUCUCGACACAUCUGCAGAAAAUGUAGAAAAGGCUCCUGAGGAGGUUGGUGCUGCUGCAGAGAAUGAGGAGGUUGUCAGGGAGGAUGAUGGUACUAAGGAGAUGACACUUGAUGAAUGGAAGGCCAUGCAAGGUGCCCGUAACAAGCCUGCUUUCAAUAUUCGGCGUGCUGGUGAAGGAGAAAAUCAGGCACAGUGGAAGAAGACUUACGUUCUGAAGAAAAAAGUUGAGGAAGAAUCUGAAGAAGAUGAUGAGGAUGAGGAGGAGGAAGUGCACCAUGGUCGCAGGAAAGUUAUUCUCGAUAUUGAUUUUCAAUUUGCUGACUCGCCUGGGCGUGGGCGUGGAAGAGGCCGUGGUCGUGGAGGUCCAGGUCGUGGAAGAGGUGGUGAUCGUAUGGAUCGUGGAGGACGAGGGGGUGGAAUGGAUCGCGGUCGUGGAGAGCGUGGACGUGGUGGGCCUGGCUCCCGUGGAGGAAGAGGAACAAGCCGUCAAGAGGCACCUAAAAUGGAUGAUGAGCGUGACUUCCCAAGUUUGGGCUAGGAUUGAAAAUAAUCCCACUGGUGCUGCUUCUGAAGUUGGCAAACCUACUGAUCUUGUUAGGUUUUGCUCUUGCUAGUCUAGUAGCACCAGUAAAUUAAGGGAUCCUUCGAAAGGUUAGGGAUCCCUAUGCGUAAGAGUUCUCCGUUGUUCCAAUCUCAUCAAGCAUCAUUCUCCUUAAACAUGGCAAGUUUUCUUUCUCCAUUAAGAAUGCUGUUGGGGAAGGCCAGAGCAUUGUGACUAGAUCUCUUCAUGAACUUUUUUAUUCACGUUUGGUAAAAGAAUUGACCAGUUCAAUUUUGUCAUGGAAGCUGCUGAGGCUUUUACUUCUUGUUAUUCUUGUUGUGGAUAUUCUGGCGAGUGUAGUGCUCAAAAGAUAAAUUCCAUUAUAAAGUAUUUCGUGUCAAUUCUCCCAAAAGCUUUUGUUGUACAUAUUGAUCAAUUAACUGUGAAGGUGGUUGAUGAGGUAGUGAUGGUUAUAUAAUGUGUACAUAUGUCUGAAGCCCAUAUUGUCUUUGGUUUUGUGUGUUGUGCUAUGGCCGUCACUACCCUAGCGGAGGCUUGCCACGCUUUUUGUACUUGAUACUGAUUAACAUAUAGACCAAUAAAAACAGAAAUUAUCAA